CCUGAUAAACGAAUGAGUCAACAACCCUUGACUUCUUGUAGUUCUUUAGUUAAUGUUUAUCUCCAUGGCGGUGCCACACCCGCAGUUUGAGUGAUCGCAGUUGAGAGCAAAGGUUGCCGUGCUCAGGAGGAGCCUGCAGCCAUGCUGCUCCCGGAAGCAAGGGCCUGCACCGCUCUGGGAGAAGGAGGAUAAAAUUCUGAGGCAGCCCUCGCCCCGACAGCUGAGGGCCGUCCCCGACCGCCGGCGGCUUCAGGCAAGAGCUGCCAUGAGGACGUUUGAGGAACAGACAGCAUGCGUUGUGGAAGCCUUGUUUGAUGAUCUCCUGAAUGACGACGAGACUGAUUUCCGAUGCCUGCAGACAGACUCAGGAGGGUCUGUGCAGUCUGAGGAAGAGUCACCAAGCUAUUUUGACCCAGUUAUUAUUGCCAAUCGUCUGCGGCAGAUCGGUGACCAGUGCAACAUGGAUUUUGAAAGGGUUUCCUCGCAGGUUCUUCGUGAAGUACUCAUGGGACAGAUGGAGAAAUUUGGGGCUGCUGUGGAUGCUCUGAGCAGAAGGUGGAGUGACCAGAACCCUGAGCUGGUCUAUGAGAGAGCUUUUCUCUCUGUUUCUGUGAAACUGAUGAUGUAUAUUCUUAAGAAAGGAGCAGCUCAGGUCAAUCCCAGCCACCUGAUAAAAGCGAUUAAUGAAAAUGUUCAAGUGAAAAACUACAUUGAGGCCUGUGGAGGAUGGGAGAAGUUGGACAACUGAGAGAGAGGGCUGCACCACUUUCCAAAAUGCGAAGCUGGGAUUUUCAUUGAUUUAGCUGGGACAAUUGCUUUUACGUUUCUCCAGGAGAUUGCUAGAAGAACCAUAAGGUGUAAAGAAAUUCUGUAUCACUGCACAUAAAAAGUAAUAAAUGUUUGUUGUUAUCUGUU